GUCUGCCCAAGUUUUACUAGUAGGCCAUCAUUGUUUUGCAUAUAGUGGGCACAUGAAUGAUAACUCCAGCUUGGUAUUCCCUUCCCCACUGUUCAUUUCACAUUAUUUGGACAAUUGCUUGCUAUUGUUAGUUGUUCAUGUUAUUUUUACUCUUCACUGUUGCUGAAAGAUGGCCAAGUUGCUGCCUAGAUGAAUAGUAAGAAUCCAUAUGACAUAACUUGUUAGAGACACUUCAAAUCAUAUCCUUGUCGAUACAAACUUGUGGCUUCUACUUGUGAUGGUUUACAAACACUAACGAUGACUGAUAAUAACCAGUUGAACUGUGAAUAUUUUGAGAUGAUUUAGGUCUAUUCAUGCGGGUGGUGUCACAUUCUAUUAUUUCAAGGUGUCUGUUAGACUCAAGACUGGCCAAUUAAUAUACCAGUUUUGCUUUCAUUUCUCACUGUCCUGGAUUUUGUGUAAAUCUUAGUCGCCUAAAACUGCAUGCUAUUCAGCCUGAAGCUGCAGAACUGUUCAUUCUUAUCAAAUGUAACUGGACUUUCAGAUCUGUAGAUUAUAAAUGAAGCUAGGCUGGGAUGGUGGUUUAGACAUAUGACUGAUCAGGCAACUUAUUAAUAGGCAAUCCCUUAGUAGGUUGUCAAUCAAAAUAAAUUUUAGUUGAGAUAUGAUUUCUGAUUAUGAAGUACAGCACAUGCAGAUCCCAGUCCACCCAUCAAAGAAAAAGAAGAGCAGACUGGUUUUAUAUCUCAGAAUCCAGCAGCAGCAGUCAUGCACAAUGAUCGCGCCUAUAUACAAACUGGAGUAUAACAAGCUCAAUAUAUCAAUUCCGUAACAAGAUGCAUGUAAAACCCGUGCAUAGGUUACCGUCUGACCGUGCAAAAAGAUGAUUGAUCGGUUCUUGCUCCUGCAUCCACAAUCCUUCUAGUCUUCUGGACCACUACUGCUCAGACACCUUGCAAUGCAGCAUUGCUUACCCCAGAAGCAGGCAGCAACUUCACAUGAAAACAUGUUCCUGUGGGGGCUCUCCCGAUCUGAACGAUCGGCGGGAAUUUUCACCCAAGAUGCACAAGCUAUUCAUUCAUUGAGGUGGGCACAGAAUUAAAAGCACAUUGUGCUGAUCAUGGCUUCCCCUUUACAACCUAGGAGACCCGGUUCCCCUUUAAGCCCCUGCAGAAAGGCACCAUUAGACGCCAAUGCUCCGAGUCUGCCUGCUUAUUUUAGCAAAUUGCAAGUGAUUCGAGGACCAUCUGUGCAGUUUUUUUUUUAUGGUGGUGUUUUAACUAUUGCAAACUCCUUUACACUUGUUGGCAGUGCUUUUUUGAAGGCAGAAAGCUCAAGGCAAUCUCGAGAGAGAUACGGCGGCCCGUCCAUAUAUGCAAAGGUAUGUAAGUGCUUGUGCAUGCAGAUCUAUGCGGAUGAAGAGUCGCCGACCCGGAUCGGAUACAUGCGCCAUGGACGCGAGAUGGGGCUGGAAGAACCGAAGAGGGCUCCACGGACAAAUCCACAAAGGAUAGCGAGGUCAAUCCCGUCCGGCCCUCGGAGAUUCUAGUAGCCUCACCAUCCAAUCAGACUGCUGGAUCUCUCUGACAGUUGCGACCAUGAUGCAGUACCUGGACUUCUCCCAGGCCAGCACCUCCAAGAAGUGGACGGCCAACAGCAGCAAGAGGCAGCCGGGCCAAGGGUUCGAUGCUCCGAGGAACAGCAUGGAGUUCGCCAUGGAGGCGCCCCGCAGCUACGGCGUCUUCCAAGAGGACGUCCCGUACUCUUGCAGCAACAUGAGGCAGUACCCAAAAUCCUCCUCGGCCCCGAUCAAGAAGCUGAUCCAUGAGGACGCGUCCUUCAGGCCGAACGAAGGGCACAAGAGAGUGCCCAGCGUCAUCGCCAGGUUGAUGGGCAUGGACUCGCCGCCGAUGAACUCCGAGCUCACCACCCACCUCGAUGAUUCUCGGCGAGAGAUGAUCGUCGCGAGGCCAGCACCGCCGACCAAGCAUGUCUCCUUCGCGCAGCAGAAGAAUCCAGUCCGGCAUACGGCGAAACAGGAAAUUUACACCUUCGACGACGCCGGUGAUGACGAGAGGGAGAUUCUUAGUCAGCUGACCAAGAGGAGUAAUGGUAGUCGUGGUCAUGGUGGUGGUGAUGAUGGGUGGAGCAAACCGGUGCCGCGGGAGCACCCGCAGGAGGAGGAGCUGCAGAAGUUCAAGAAGGAGUUCGCGGCGUGGCAGGCCAUCAAGGUGUCGGAGCAGUCGAGAGGUCUGGAGCUGGACAGCCGGCAUAAUGUCGGCCACGACGAAGACGACGGCGACAGGUGCUCCGAGAUCGUGCCCUACAGGUACCACCAGAAGGAUCGCAAAGGGAGAGAUGGCAGGCACGGGAAUAAUGAGGCGCAUUGGAGAAGAAGAGGCAAGGAGGGCGGCGGUGGCGCGUCGAUCUCCGGCAGCCGGACGUUCUCUCUGACGAGCGCCGACGACGGUUCUUCCGCGAGGCUGCCGCUCUCGAGAUUCUAUUAUGAGGAGGAGGAGAAGCCGCUGUCGCCGACCAGGAUCGUGAUCCUGAAGCCCUGCCCGGAGCUGAGCGCCGACGACGUCGACGAGUCAUCGCUGGGCUCGCCGGAGCUGAUGAAGAACGAGAACAACAUGGAGGCGUUCCUGGAGGAGGUCAAGAUGCGGCUCAAGAUCGAGCUCGAAGGGCACAUGGCCCCCGUCGACAGGGCGGCCGACCGGUGGCCCGGCGGCAGCGGUGACGUCCCCGCCGACCCGAAGCAGAUUGCGCGGAACAUCGCCGACCAGAUCAGGGAGAGCGUCACCAAGGACAUGCACCACCCGGCGCUGCUGCGCUCGGAGUCGACGCGGUCGUACCGGAGCAGCGACGUGCAGAGCCAGAUGGACUACAUCUGCAGAGACGCCAGGAAGCAGCUCUCCGACCGGCUGAGGAACGUGCUCAGGAGGGAGCCGGAGGCCGACCAGCCGCCGCUGUUCGGAUCUCACCAGAGACGGCCGGCCGCAUUGACGCCGUCGUCUUCGCCAUGGGACGAAGAGCCGCGGCCGAAGCCGACGAGUCCGCGGCGGGACGUGGCGAGGAAGGGCGACAAGAAGAUCAGGAGCAAGGAGGAGAAGAAGCGCGCGAUCGAGUCAUCCGAAGUCCGCUCCUUCAGACACGGGUGGUACAAGAACUCGGCUACGGCGGCGGUCGUUGACUCCUCCGACGAGGCGGCGUCGCCGAGGAACCUGAUGAGGUCGUUCUCGGCGCCGGUGUCCGGGAACUUCGUGAAGUUCCUCUCGGAGGGGGAGCCGCGGGCGCUCGUCGGAGCGCGGGUGCAGCUGAAACACGAGGGACACGGCGACUACUAUGGCGGACGGCCGUCGCUGGAGGAGGAGAGGCAGCCGAAAGGGAGGAAGGACGGGUUCGGCAUCAAGGGGAAGGUGUUCAACCUGCGGCAGAACCUCGGGCUGAGAGCGAAGCUUUUCGGCAAGAAGCUCCACUCGGCCGCCGCCGACGAGGCGUCGUCGUCGUUCUUCCUCGACGACUUCCCGCCGAUCGGCACGCUGGUCACCGCCCCCUCCGUCCUUAUCCACCCCGGGGUCCUGCAGGAGAACUCCACCGAGGUGCCACCGAGCCCGGCGUCGUGGUGCAGCAGCCCGCCUGAUGACAUGAUGAUCCGGGGAGGUUACCCGAGCCCCGUUUCGCCACUGGAGGCUUCCUUCGGCGAGCACCGGUCUCCGUUGAAGCCGGCAGCGAGCUCAGGUGCUUCUGAACCAGGCAAUUCAUGUCUGGAGCAAGAUCAAGUUGAGGAAAUCCCACAAGCAAGUCCAGCACCCCAGGACGACGACGACACAUCGGAGAUGGAUCACCCCAUGAAAGCUUUCAUCAGAGCCGUCCUCGUGGUCGCCGGCAUGUACGGGCAGAGCCAAAACUCCGGCGACCACCUCUCACUAACCUGCCAACUGAUCAAGCCGAUCCCCAAGCGGGCGUUCGAGGAAGUCGUGUCCUCGUCGCCACCUCCGGCCGUCACCUCCGACGGCCAUGACGUGGACCACCGCCUCCUCUUCGACCUGAUAAACGAGGCGCUGCCCGGAGCCGCCCGCGGCUCGACGACGCUGUGCACGUUCAGCAAGUGGUACGCGGCGCCACCGAGGAGAGCGUCCGCGGACAGGAGGCUGCUGGACGGGCUAUGGAGAUCCGUGGAGACGUGGCUGGAGCCGCCGAGCGUGGACGACGACGCCGACUCCGUGGACGGGCUCAUCGGCCGCGACAUGGGCGUGUCUCCCUGGAGCGGCGUGUUCCGCGACGACGUCGACGGGCUCGGCGAGGAGAUGGAGGCGGAGAUCCUGUCGGAGCUCGUGGACGAGACGCUGUGGGACGUGCUGCUCAACGUAGGAGACUGACUAACUGUGUGAUUGAGCUUGGCGUUCAGAGCAUGCAUACACUUGUACAUUUUGGGGUGUGUUUUUCUCUGUUCUUCUUGUGUUUUUUCGGAGUGAUUUUGCCGGAUUUGUGAUGAGAUGUUGGCGAGUGAGUGAGUGAGUGAGAGAUGUAACUAAUUAAGCUUGUGUGUGGAAGGAUACCGAAGAUAUCUGUCCAGAGAAAACGCACAGGGAGGCUGAAGAUGAAGGGUUCUUAUUCAUGCCAUGA